AUGCAUAUAAAUAUGCAAAAAAAGGAUGAUAGAGUAAUGCAAAACAAUAAAUUAAUUAAUGAAACUAGCAAUGGAAGUAUAAAAAAUUUUAGUCUAAAUCAAAACACGAGUUACACAGAAAGAAGCAGUUCGAAGCAAGAAAAUGAAUUUACUUUUAGAGGAAAGUGCGAUAACGUAAUGAUGAGUAUGAAUGAUGAGCAGGAAAGUAGUAUAAGGAGGAAUGAGGAAUGCAAAAAAUUAUUUCGUCCAGGGUAUGUCCUUAAUGGUGAUGCACCAAUGUAUGACGAGCUUAUCGGAGAUAGGAAUAACGAGCACAGUGAUGAUUACAGUCAUAACAGCGGUGCUGCUGUGGAUGUUGCUGCUGAUAUUGCUGCUGAUAUUGCUGCUGAUAUUGCUGCUGAUGUUUCUGCUGAUAUUGCUGCUGAUAUUGCUGCUGAUAUUGCUGCUGAUGUUUCUGCUGAUAUUGCUGCUGAUGUUUCUGCUGAUAUUGCUGCUGAUGUUUCUGCUGAUGUUUCUGCUGAUGUUGGUAUUGGUGAUGAUGAUGGGGGAAACGACAUAAAGGGGAGUGAGGGUCGCUUUCCAAGGAACAGCUUGAUUGAAUCUCUUUGUAUUAAUGAGAUUCAGAGUGUUGAAGAGGACGAUUUGUUUAACGAUAGCAAGUACGCAGAUAAAGAAUUGCUAAUAUGUUUGUUAAGAAAAAAAUUAAAAUUAAAAAUAAAAGAUUACAAUUUAGUUAUGGAUAGACUUAUAAGAACAAAAGAAGAGUGCAGCAAGAAAAGUAAGCAAAUUAAAGAGCUACAAGUUAAAUAUAAUAAAACAGAAAAGGAAUGUGUGCAUUUGAAAAGUGAAAUCGAAAAAAAUAAUUAUCAAAAGGAUGUACACUUAGACAAUUUCUCUUACUAUAAAAGUGAGUAUGAUGAUAUGAAAUUUAAAUUACGAAGAAUAGAAGAGAAACAUAAAGAAAUUUUAGUAAAAAAUGAAGAAUUAUGUAAAGAAGUAUAUACAUUAAAAAAUGAGAAAAGUAAAUUUGAAAAUUGCAAAAAUAGCGAAAUAGAGAAAUUAAAAAAUCAAAAUGAAAAAUUGAAAGAAAGAUAUGAACAAGUCAGAAAUGAUCAUAAUAUUUUAUUAAAUAAAUAUUUACUUACAGAAAAAAAAAUAUAUAAAAUUGAAAAGGAAAAAAAGGAGGAAAUAAAUCAAUUACAAGAUGCUAUACAAAAAGGAGAAAUGAUAAAAACAAAUUCUGUUGAAAAUUUAAAUAAAGUAAAAGAUAUACUUUCAAAAUCUAUGCAAAAAGCAGAAGAAAAUAUUAAAAAGUUGUUGGAGGUUGAAAAAGAUAGAGAUGGUCUUAAAAUAAAAAAUGAAUAUCUCUUUAAAAGUAUAAAUGAGUUAAAAUGUAAGGAAGGCAAGUUAAAAAAUGCAUUAAAAAUAUUUGAAAAAAAAUAUAAACAAGUUAUUGAAAAGAAUAAUGCUAUGUUUGCAAUAACACAUGAGUUUUUAAAUCAAAAAAAUAGCAAAAUUGGUAUAUACAGAAAAAACUGUGAUAUAAAACAAGUUUGUCAAACGCACAAAAUUGAUAAGAUUGUUUUCGACGAUAUCAACUGCUUUUCGACAUUGUACAUGUAUGAAAUAGUAUAUUCUUCCUAUGCAUUAGAUUCGGACGAGUCGGUGGAAGAGGAACACGGGGGUUAUGAAGAGGAUGAGGAGGAAGAGCCGUGGGAAAGGCAGCGGGUGAAGCAGCGGGGGAGACAGCGAGAUAAGGAAAACGAAAUGGAAUGGGCAUUGGAGAGAAAGAAGAAUAAAAGUAGUAGAGAAGAAAAUAAAUAUAUAAAGAUAAAAAAAUCAAAAUAUAGACGUUUGAAUUAUUUGCUAAAUGAAGCCCAGAUGAAGAUAAUUUCCCUUUCUAGGUCAUAUGCCAAUUUUGAAAAGAACUGUGCAAAUGUAAAAAAUGUAUUGUUAAAUGACGAUUUGAAUAUAUAUAAAAAGCACUAUUAUUCGAAUCCCGCUAAUUUGUUUAAUGAGAAGACAUAUAUUGAAAAUAUACUACAGCAGAAGGUUGAACAAAUCCAAGAUAUGGAAAUCAAAUUGAAGGAAAAAGAAAAUACUAUUCAGAAGCAGAAAGAAAAUAUAUUCAGAUUAAACUUAGAAAAAGAGACCUUAAUUAAAGUUAUAUCUGCUCUUCCAAAUUUCUCAUCAUUUGUACAAAUCGAUAAAAAUAAUAAAACUUGCUCUAUUGAAAAUUUUGUAGAAACCACUGUAAGAGAUUAUCUAUACCAACAAAUGAAAUGUAGUAAUAUGCUGCUAGAAAUUAGUGAAGUAACCCCAUCAAAUGUAAGCAAUAACAAUUUGUCUGUAGUGCAUAAGGGGGCAAGGAACGAGAGUAUGAAUCGAAGUAGUGUUACUUGGCAAACCGAAAUCCAUCCCUCUGCUGGAAAUAAAAGUAAUGGAAGUAUCGAGGAGCAUAUGAGUAGUAACUUCGUGAGUGGUAGUGUGAAUAGGUUUGAUACUAGUAAUGCGAAUCAGUGUAGUAGGACUAGCUUGAAUGAUGACAAUGCCAAUCAAAAUAACAAGAAGAUGAUGACCCUCCAUCAUAUGGUGGAGGAAGAUCUCGAAAAGGCAAUCGUUAGUAUAGAAAACAAACAAAUGAGUUAUUUCCGAAAGAGCAAUUUAUUAAAUUAUAUAGACGACUACAUGGUAACCCUUGACAUAUUCGCGCGCAUCUCCCAGUACAACGAUCAGUUCAAAGUGGAGAACCUAUUAGAAGAUGGCUUCACGUUCGUUUUGGAAAAUAUAAAGGUGCAUAGUAAUGGUGCAGGAAGUAACAACUUAAUUAGUAACAACCCAAGCGGAAACAGUCGAACUGGUAAUGACGAAAGUGGGCAUUACCAGUUAAGUACGUACCAAGCGAUAGUGGAGGAGCUCGAAAGAAGCAAAAAGAAUCAAAGUGACGAGGAGCUGUUGCGUCAUAUUGAAGAAGUGAAGCUGCUGGACAAGUAUAAACAAUUUUAUCAUGAUCAUUUUUUAAAUAUAAAUAAUAUAUUCAACACAUUAAUAAGUUUCAACCUGUACAGUAUUAUGGACGAUAAGUAUAAGAAUGUAUAUGAAAGAUAUUUCAAUUUGUUCAACUUGAAUUUUAGCAAUGUGGAGAUUUCGUUUGAUCUAUUACUAAGACGAUUUCAUCAAAUAGUUCGAUUAUCGAAAAAAUAUGAAAGAGUGAUAAUAGAGAAGAAUAAGAAAAUGGAAGAAAUGGAUAUAAAUGAAAUGGAUUUAUAUAAAUGUCGAAAGAAGCUUGAAUAUGACAUAGAAGCAGCUAAUAAAGAGAAGGAGAAUUUAGGAAAAAUGAUCGAAAAAAAAGAAGAACACAUAAAUGUGUUUAAUGAAAAAUAUUUGUUAUUACAAAACGAAUAUGAGGAAUGUAAAAACAAAAAUAUUUUUAUUAACGAAUUAUGUGAAAUGCUAAAAAAAGAAAAGUAUAACUUAGAACAAGAGCUAUGUGAAAAAGAACAAAAAAAUGUUAAACUGAAUGACAAGAAUAGUGAAAUUAUAAAAUCAUAUCAAAAGGAAAAAGAUUAUUUACAUUCAUUAUUAGAAGAAACGAGAGAUAAUAAUAUAUUUUUAAAAGAAAAAUUAGAAAAUAUUUUAAAUCAAAAUGAAUCAUUGAAAUAUGACUAUGACAUACGUCUAAAUCAAUUGAAUACAUUAUGGCUUGAAGAGAAGGAAAAUAAUAAAAAAAUUAGUUUUGAUAUGAACAAUUUGAAGGUAGAAAAUAACAGCCUUGUAUUAAAAGUUAAUGAAUUACAAAAUAAAAAUAGUUUAGUAAGGAACGAGCUGAGGGAAAGAAUAAAACAAAUUAACAUGUACAGGAAUAGCUUCUCUGUUUCGAAACAGUCAAUCGAUGGGAUUAACAAUAAUACUGUUAAGAAGAUUAAUUACAGGAUUAACACCACUAGUUAUAGUGCUGCCGGUAUCAGCAGUAUUAGUGGUAUUAGCAGCACUAACAAUAUUAACGGUGCUGGCGGCAUCAUUAACUCCAGUGGAAGUAAUGAAAUUGGUGCAGUGAAUGUUAAUGAUGAUAGUUAUAUGAUGGCGAGCGGUAGCUACGUUCUAGCAGAGGACGAGCGGGAAUAUCGCAUGGAAUAUGAACUGCUAUUGAAAAAAUUGAAGGAAAAUAUUGCCGACCUGAAUGCACAAAUUUUGCAAUUAAAGGGGGAGAAGGAUAUACUAAUUACGUCGAUUGAAACAUGGAGAUGUUUUAGUGUAAAUAGUAAAGAAGAAAUAAAAAGAUUAAAGAAAAUAUGCAGUGAGCAGUUGGAAAAGCAUAAAGAAUUUCUUCUUAUUAACCAAUCGAAUGAAGAAAAAUUAAAAUAUAUAAAUGAUUUACUAAACACAGAGAAGAACAAAUAUGAAAAGGAUGUAAACGAAAUUAAGGAAAAAUUAAAAUUAGAAAUAGAUAAAGUGAAGGAAGAUUUGAAAGAAAAAAUAUAUGAAAUUAAAAUAUUGCAAUAUGAUAAAGACAAUUUAAUACAAAAAAUAAAAUUGAUUGAAAAUGAAAAUAAAGAAGGACUAGAUAUAAAGAAGAAAGAAGAAGAGUAUGUUAAUCUAAUAAAGCAUGAUAAAGCUACUCUUCAAAAAGAAUAUUAUGAUAUAUUGCAAAAGUAUAAUAUGGAAAUGGAAAGAAAUAAGAAGUUGUCUAACCAAAUGGAUGUUCUUAUUACUAGUCAUAAGGAAGAAAUAAGGUUGAUAAAUGAAAAACUAAAUACUGUAAAGAAGGAAAAUUUAUAUCUUAAUGAAAUAAUUCAAAAACAAGUAAAUCUAAAUGAUAAUGAACUAUUGAAAAGUAGAUUAGAACAGUUAGUUCAACAAAAUAAAGAUUUGCAAAUAGAAUUACAACAAAAUUUGGAAAAAGAAGAAAAAAUAAAAUUUGAAAAUGUCGAACUGAAGGAAAAAUUAAAUAUAGAAAAGGAAAAAUUAACACAACAACAAACGUAUAUUGUACAGUUAAAGUCAAAUUUAACGGAUCCGAAUAUAGUAGACAAGAAUGAUGAUUUUAUUACUAGUCUUAAGUGUAGUUUAGAAAAAUCGAGAAGAGAAUUACAAAGUAUAACGGAUCAAUUUGAAAAACUGCAGUUGAAUGAACAGAAAAAUAUUAUGCGAGUGCAGUUGCUAGAAGACAAAUUGGCACAUAAGGAAAUAGAAAAGAAAAAAUUAGAAGAGAUGAUAGAAAAUAAGAACACAGAUGAUAUAAUUCAAUAUAAUAAAAUAAAAACAGACUUAGAUAUAUUAGUAGAGGAAAAUAGAAUAUUGCUAAUGCGUAAACAAGAGUAUGAAGAGCAAAUUGAGCAGUUGAAAAGGGAAAACGAUUUGUUUGUAGCUACCAAAAAUAAUGAUAUGAAUAUUAUUGAAAGGGACAAGUUAAAGGAGCAAGUAUCACAACAUUUAGUCAAGAUUAAUGAAAAGGAAAAAACAAUAAUUAAUCUGAACUUUCAAAUAAAAAAGCUAAAUAAUGAAAUUGACGAAAUGAAGAAAAAAUUUAAUAUGGAUGUUAAUAAUUCCAUUGUAGGGAAUGUUAACCCAGAGAUAUUGGAACAGCAGCAGAUGUAUAAUGAUAGUAAUAAUUAUGCAGAUCGUCCUCCAAAUGAACAGCAAAAUGUUUCAUUAGAAAUAUAUAAAUACAUCAAUGAAAAUAUAGAUCUAACUGCUGAACUGGAAAAUAAAUACGAUGUUAUUGAAAAGUGCAAAGACGAAAUAAAAGUUAAGAAUGAUGAAAUAGAUAAACUAAAUAAAGAUAUUUCAAUUUUGUCAAAGAGAUGUAAUCAAUUUGAAGAGUCCCUUAUCAUUAUGGAAAAACAUAAAUUAAAUAUGAAGAAUCAUAUAAAGGAAAAGGAUGAAAUUAUCGAAAAUUUAAAGAAAAAGUGCAAUAAUAAAGUGGACGACUUACUCUUUAGUAAUAACUACUCAACAAAUGUUUUUGGCAGUUUUGAACAUUUGAUGAAUGCAACUUCUUAUGAUGAAAUUGUUACCAUGGUAAGGGGCAUGUUUAACAGGGAAGCGAAUAGUGACGAAGGGAUGGAUGUUAGCCUCCCCACCAACUUUAGUAUUGGCACUGCCAAUGGAGGAAGAACGAAUGAUAACGAUAAAAGUAAUGAUAAUAAUAAUUAUAACUAUAACUAUAACAGUAACGAUAACAACAACUAUAACAGUAACGAUAACAGUAACGAUAACAACAACUAUAACAGUAACGAUAACAGUAACGAUAACAACAACUAUAACAGUAACGAUAACAACAACUAUAACAAUAACGAUGAUGAUAACGAGGGGAAAGGCAAACAGAACGGUCUAACUAGAGACAGAGAAAACAUCAUUGUGAUAAAGUGCAAUAUCUUGAAACUGUUCAAGUUGGGGUCCUGCUAUCUGUACAUUAUAAACCGAAAUCUAAAAGAAAUUCAAAUAUUGAAAAAGCAAGUGAGUUCGUUAGAAGAAAACAUAGAAAGCUUAAACCAAUUUAUUAACAAUUUAAAAGAUGAGAAUAAUAAAAAUGAGUUAAUAAACGUUAGUAACCUAGAACAUAUUAUAGAGUUAAAAGGAAAUAUACAAAAUAAUGAAAAUUUUAUAAAAAAUUUAAAUAAUGAUAUAAAAAAAAAUGAACAGUUAAAUGAUAUUAAUAUAAAAAAUAUAUAUAAAUAUAAACGCUUCAUUAUACAUCUAAUUCAACAGAAUACUUUAUUUUUUGAUAUAUUUAAAAAUUUUAAUGAAAAAAAAAAAGUUGAUAUAUCUAUUCUCAACAAGCUCAACAAUUUGAAAAAGUCUUUUUCUUUUUACAUGUACGAUUCUAUUAUUGAUGAAUUGAGAAGUAACAACAACAGUAGUUUGAGUAGUUCUAAUUAUGACUUUACAGAGGAACAAUUUAGAAAUGUUCAAGCAUUCACAAAUAGAUUUAACUUAAUUAUUGAUAGGGGUAAUGUGCAUGUGUUUAACAAUAGUGAGCUUAGUGAAUCUGACCAAGAUACUUUCUUGUCUAUUGAAAAGCGUGCAAGUGUUAACACGAUGUGCAAUAAUGAUCAUACUGGUAGUAGUUACAUAAAGGAUAGCAUGAUGAUUGCCGAGUGUGCAAUUGUUGAUAACAUCCGUGAUGUAGAAAAGGAUGGUGUUGUUACUGUAGAAGAAUGCCAAUAUGGUAAAUCGCACGAAAAGGGUUCGAGUUGUGAAUCGCAUGUGGAGGUUAGUCCACAUGAAGAGCUAGCUCCACAUGAGGAGGUAGAUCCACAUGAACAGGUAGAUCCACAUGAGGAGGUAGAUCCACAUGAGGAGGUAGAUCCACAUGAACAGGUAGAUCCACAUGAACAGGUAGAACCUCGUAACGAAGCGAAUGAAAUUGUCAUAAAGGAAGAGGAAUCGCACAUUGAUGAACUGUUCAUUAAAAAUGGUGAGGGAAAUGUAAGUGGAAAGACGGGAAUCAUUCCUUUUGUGGUGAUGGAUAAAUCAGAAGAGUUAUUGAAGAGUGCCGAGGAUAAGAAGUUUUACGGCGGGAAGACGGAUGAUGCUGCUCUGACAGAUGAUGCUGUUCCCAUACAAGAUAACGUAGCGGAUAAGUCUUAUGGAAAUAUUGAAUUAGCGGAACAAAACGCUUUUGAAGAGAGUCAUCUGAACAACAGAACAAACAAUGAUACUCUGGAAAGGUAUGAAGAGAACGUUUUAGUUAGCAUGAUGUAUAAGAGUGAGGAGGGGGGAGUUAAAUUCGAGUCUGAACCCCCAUCAUACAACUACUAUGAAGAGAAAAAAGCUACAGGAAAUACUUACAGCUAUAAUGGUAAUGAUUUUCCCUUGAGAGAUGACCAUAACGACAUAUCAAGUAAUGAAGAUAGUCAAACCAACAAGUGUAGCGGUAAACUGGAUGGAGAUAGGUGUGAAGAUAGAAAUAGAGAUAGAUGUGAAGAUAGAAAUGAAGAUGGAUGUGAAGAUAGAAAUGAAGAUGGAUGUGAAGAUAGAAAUAGAGAUAGAUGUGAAGAUAGAAAUGAAGAUGGAUGUGAAGAUAGAAAUGAAGAUGGAUGUGAAGAUAGAAAUGAAGAUGGACGAGAAGAUAGAAAUAGAGAUGGAUGGGAAGAUAGAAAUAGAGAUGGAUGGGAAGAUAGAAAUAGAGAUGGAUGGGAAGAUAGAAAUAGAGAUAGAUGUGAAGAUGAAUAUGAGGAUGAUAUGGGGACGAGUUACGACAACAGCUCAACACAUCAUGGUGGGCGUAAUAUAAUGAUAAAUAGUCCAGACGAUGCUAACAUAAUAAUUGCCCUUGAGAAGUCAAUGGACAACUCAAGUUAUUAUAACUCGUAUAAUGAAAAACAAGAAGGGAUGAAGGAAGAACACUUAGAUGGAAAUAUACAUGAAAUGGUAGCUCAUAGUAAUUUUCUUGGAUUUAGUGGUAUGAACAUAUCUUGUAGUGAAAAUGAAAACAAUUAUUUGAACACAGUAGCUGCUAUGGCAGGUAGGAAUAACGAUAUGCUAUUUGAUAGCUCCUUUGGAAUGUGUAAACCUGAUGACUAUGCUUUAUCACAUCAUUUACAUGAACGCAUUAAACAUGUUAGAAGUGAUGAUAGCAUUUGGGAUAACAAUGAAGUGAGCUACCUGCCGACCUAUGCCGGAGGACUCAGAACAGAUGAAGAGAACGCGUAUGACAAUAAUAAGGAGGAGGGAGCUGAAGGGGAAGAAGUGCAAGGAGUAGACAGAGCAGAAGGAGAAGAAGAAGAAGCCCAAAAAAAUACUUAUGAAAACAUGCAGGACCGUAUAUGUAAGAAGAGGGAUAACCAAGAAAAUAGGCAUCAUAUUCUCGUUAGUAAUAAUCAGGGUCAUCCAAACUGCAAUAAUGAUAGCCCUUACAUUACAGCACUUGGUUUUAAAACAUACAUAAAAAAAAAAAAAAUAAAUGAACAGAGCAGGUACGAUAAUGAUAACGUAUUGGUUAAGCCAUAUGUUGAGGUAAACAAAAAGAGGGAAAGGAAAAGAAAAUAUUAUUCUGAUUCGGAAAUAGCAAAAUCAGCAUUUUGUUCAAUUAGUAGGCAAUCAAACAAGAUUAGAAGAGUAGAAAGCAUGAGUGUGCAUGAUGUGCAAAGUGAAGAAGAAUUCCAAAAUGGAAGAGAUAUUUAUAAAGAUGAAGAUAAUGGGGAUGAAAUUAAUGGGGAUGAAAUUAAUGGGGAUGAAAUUAAUGAGGAUGAUGUUGAUGGGAAUGACGUUGAUGAGGAUGAAAUUGAUGAGGAUGAAAUUGAUGAGGAUGCAAUUGAUGAGGAAGCAAUUGAUGAGGAUGCAAUUGAUGAGGAUGCAAUUGAUGAGGAUGCAAUUGAUGAGGAUGCAAUUGAUGAGGAUGCAAUUGAUGAGGAUGCAAUUGAUGAGGAUGAAAUUAAUAAGGAUGAAAUUGAUAAGGAUGAAGCUGAUGACGAUGAUGUUAAUAAUGAUGAAAUUGACCAUGGUGAAUUCUUUCAAAGGGGGAAAGGACAAAAUUGUGCAAGAACUAAAGUCCAUAGUACGAUUAAACCAAAUUUCAGUUUUGUAAAAACAUCAGCUUUUAAUAAUAAGGAAGGUAGAAAGAGUAAUUACGAUGAUAUAUAUGGAAAUGCUUUAAGUAGAGAUAACAAUAAGAACACACAAGAGCAAGAAGAAAUAAUGCGAAAUGGACAGAUAUUUGAAAGUGAAAACAAAGAUAACGAUAGUAAUAGAAGUUGUUAUAUCAUAUCAUCCGACGAAGAUUGUGAAAGUGAGCGUUAUGCAACCAAUGCGAGUGGUGGACAACGCGUCCAGGGGAAUAUAAGCAGUGCAAGUGGUGCAAGCGAUGCAGAUGAUGAAGAUGACGGUGAGGAAAACGACGGCUCAGAUGAGUACUAUGAAGAAGAAAAUUCUCUGAAUCAAGAAGGGGAAGAAGGGGAAGAAGGCGAUUAUGACGAAAUGGCCAUAUAUGGGGGGGAAGUGGACGAGCAGAGAGAGGAGGAGGAGGAGGAGGAGGAUGAAGACGAAGUAGAAGAAGACUUAGAGGAAGGGCUACCGGAACGGUUAGAGGAAGACUUAGGGGAAGACUUAGCGGAACGAUUAGAAGACGAAUUGGAUGAAGGCGGAGAAGAAUAUGAUGAGUACAACUCGGGAGAGGAAGAAAAUGACCAAGGCGAAGAACCGUAUGAUGAAUACAACUCGAGGGAGAAAGAUAACGAAGCAGGUAAGCAAAAUCGGGAAGAUGAUCAUGAACAUGUUCAGAAGGGUGAAUAUAUUGAAAAUUAUGUUUAUGAUGAGAAUGUUAAAGAAAUUGAUGUAGAAAAUGAAAAUGUAGAGGAAGCAGUAGAAGAAGCAGCAGAAGAGGCAAUAGAAGAAUCAGUGGAAGAAGCAGCAGAAGAGGCAAUAGAAGAAUCAGUGGAAGAAUCAGUAAAAGACGCAGUAGAAGACGCAGUAGAGGACGCAGUAGAGGACGCAGUAGAGGAAGCAGUAGAGGAGGAAGAGGACCAUCUAGAUAAGGUUGUUUCAUCAAAUGUGGAUAGAUCCAAUUUGAUUGAAGAGUUAGAUACAUUCCAUAAUGGCGAUAAUAACGUAAAUGCAGAUAAGUAUAAUAGUAGUUGUGAGGGUGAACACGCGAGUGAAGAACCAUUAAAUGAAAUGAAUAUAAAUAAAAAUGAUGGCUUAACUAAUAAUUUUAAUAUUUUAAAUUCAUCGAAUAGAGAUGUUCAAAAUAAUCUGAUGGCAUAUGCUGCCAAUAUGGAUCAUGUAGGGGCUAUUAGCAUCGCUUCGUCAAAUGAAAACAACGAAGCGUACUGUGAAGAGGGAGCGGAAGAGGAAGAGGGGGGACUACAAAUAGUUGACAACGUUGACAAUAUCUCCAAUAUUGACGAUAUUGCCGGGGAAGAAGUGAAUAUUGAACAAGAGGUGGAUAAGAAGGAAAAUUUAGAUAACUCGAAUCCCGAAGAAUAG